CUUUUCAAAUGGCAGUGACCAUGUCCGGUUUUGAGGCUAUGGGCCUUGCACCUGCUUCGAUGCCAGUCAUUGGGACUGUACUCGAGGGUUAUGCGAUAGGAUUCCGAACAAUACGCCGAGUUCUAGGCAGAAAAAUUUACGCCCUACUCACCGUGGCCGACGAUCUAGAUAUACAGUCUAACCGGUUCAAAAACGUGGUUCAAAUACUCCUCGGGGAGGCACUCGGUGCUGAGCAGGUAUCUAAGAUGCUUCGGAGCGGCGACCCAACGGUGUGGAGUGAUGCGAGUGUCCAGGCCCAUAUCAACACUGCACUGGGGACAUCUACCGACCAAUUCAAUGCGUUGUGUGGCGCGUUAAGUGAGAGACUUUCUGCCUUAUACAAGAUGUACGAUGUAAGGCAGGAAAUCCUGCCGUGUUAUCCUUCUGACUUCCACCCAGGAAUAUAGCGACGGUAGCGGACGCAUGAAUCGUGCGAAAUCUACUCUGGAUGAUCUCAGGCAGUUCGACACACAGAUAAUCCGAGACGUUGAGCGUAUUUCAAGUCAAAUUCAAUUUGUCAUUAACACCGCGUUAUCGCGACCGAAAGCGAACUUGGUGAUUCGUCCACGCGCCGCCCUAACCUGGCAGAUGGCAGAAACUGUGGCACAGCGAGCGAUAGUAUUACAGCGCAUAUUCUCUCAGGGCAUGGCUGACGUCCGGCUCUUCGCUUUCUGCCCUUUGAUUAGUAUAUUCGAAGGCCCUGUUUCGACUUUCACCUUCUUGUUCGAGCCCCCACCUCCCCCCCCACCCCAUUUUCCCUCUGCGCCUCGAUGGGAUUGGCAUGAAGCCAGUGUUCAAAUCUCGCCUGUAACGGAUCAGGCCCUGGGCUCCGAAAGCCAACCCAACGAACGCAAAAGCCAAGUUGUGCGCCUUGAAGGUUCAUCGCCGGACCAGGGUCAAGAUUCCAGCGGCGACAAGCCCGAAGCUUUUUGGGUAAAUAGCCCUCAGGAGCUAUGUCAACUGUUUCAAAACGGAUCGCUGCCCUAUCUGACAGCAAAUGUUUGCCUCAAGGAUGCACAAUCGGAAUCUGUGGUCAUGGUUACAACUCGUAGUCGUGACAAUCUGCUUACAGUGAGGCUGAAGGACUUGUUAUACGUGCAAGGUGGGAUUCGAAGACUUGCUAAGUUGGCUCUUGCCGUUGAGCUGUCGCGAGCUGUCUUUAUGUUGCAAGGGACGGGGAUAAUCUCGGAGAACAUUAAAUCAGGAAAUGUCUUCUUGGCGAUGGAAGACAGCAAAAUUCGUCUGAGAAACCUACUUUUGCCCGCGACAGUGACGAACAAACAGCGCACGGAAGACCAUACUCUCCAAGAAGAAAAUCCAUCGAAGAGUGUCACCAGCUUCGGGCGUGCUUCUAUGACGCUGGGCAUUCUUCUCGUCAAGGUGCUUCUCGCGCGGGACAUCCUACCUGACGAUGAUCUCAAUGAUGUUUCCUCGUACGAAAGACGCCCGGAGGUUUUGCGCGCGCUUGAAGAAAUCCGGUUCGAGUUCGGCCAAUCCACCUCUGAUGCCGUUAGGCAAUGCCUAUGUGGUAUAAGCUGUAUAUCCAACAUACAGGCUCAGCGAAAAGCAUUUUCUGACUUUGUACUAUUACCUUUGGAAAACGACCUCCAAUAUUUGGAACCGGAAAGGCCAGGUAGGAAUGCAGAAAUUAUACUGCCCAGCUACUGGUACCACGUUAUUGGCGCAUCCAAGUAUCCAGCAUUUCCAGCAUUUCCUGUCGCCCUCGCAGAGGAUAUAAGCCAAAUAUCCCUUCGAGUAAAUCCUGGACUUCUGCCAGUUGUCAAAGGAUACCUUCAGGAAAUGCAGGCUAGCUGUGCAGAUAUUGCAUGGUUGGAUGAGGCAGUCUCCGAGCAAGUACGCCAAUUCGAAAAGGUACUGAUACAGUUCGAGGGGCCGACUCCGCCUAUUCCAUGGUACAAUGGCAGUGUGUCUAGAGCUACGACGUUAAUCAAGCGGUGUUCACGUGUAAUUAGUACCAUACCAGAAAUAUACUACCUCGACGCACGGAGCGCCGAGAGACGCAGAGCACUCGAGGACUUGCAGAUCCAGCUGCAUCUGGGGCUCUUGGAGCUGGCAAGCUUGCUGGCUCAACCUGAAUUCCCGAGUUCCCUUGCGCUAUCUUCGGCUGCUUCUGUGGCGGAUGAGAGCUCCGUCUUUGACAACGACUCUUUUACCUUAAGCGCACGAACGUCUAUUGCCGAGAAUCUUUGCCCUGAGACUCGAUUUCUAGACUCAAAAGCUCUUGCGCAGGAGAUUCUUAGAGCUUUGAGCGAUGUAAUCCACACAGGAAAUUCUACUGCAGGCCGACAACCCGUCAACGAGGCAGGCCUUGCGUCAGAGCUGCGAGAAAUACUCGGCAAAUAUUUAGCAUCCCUCCAGCAUAUAGAUCAAAAAGAGCAAUCGUCUGCGGAUACUAUGCUCAGCCCAAUUUACCAGAAGGCGCACACCUUGGUCUGCCGAGAAACUGAGUUCCUGCUACAACAGCUGAUUUCCAUGUGUCGGGACCAGUCCUACAGUGGCAUGAUUCGUCACCAUUCCGAGAGUACCACAAUACCCGACAUUCCUGCAGUGGAGACUGUCCCAGAGCCGCUGGCUCUGAACUUCUUGCUUGGUGGCAGGGCCUUUGGACGCAUGAGACUCCACCUUCAUCGCCUAGUGCGGAAAGACAUGAUCGACAUCAUCCGAGAGGAAGUGCUGCGGAACUUGCCCUUGACAACUCUAGGGCUUUACACCACGGCAUUCAACGUCCGCUGGGAUGUUGCCGAAUUCAUUAUGAAUGAAUUCGAUAAAACGACUGAGAUCGGGCAGAUUCUGACCAUAACGGGGGGGAGCUCGUAUGCUUAUGCCGCACGCUGCGCCGAUUAUCUUAACUGGUUAUGGAAAGAUUCCAAAUACGACAUCCAUACGCUCGUCCAACACUAUCUCAAGCAGCAUAUCUAUGUGCACGCCGAUUCAACACUCGUGAUCAACAAACUUCCAGAUGGUCAGCCCGGUAUUAGGGCAACGGUAAUCGGGGGAAAGGAAACCAUAAUCGAACUUGCACAGCAGCUAGCUUGGCUAACCGCGGCCCUUCGUUCUUCCACUACUGGAGCGGUUUUAUCCGAAGUCGAUUUCUUUGCAAUAAAGGAGACGGAGUUCUUCAUCGAGCCCGGCAGUCUCUUAACACUCUCACAGACAAUCACAGAGAAAGGCCCCUGUUGGCAUGGACUUGUCCGGAACGUUUCAAUUGCCAAUGGAUUUCCGAUACCCCCAAGGUCCGGCCAGGUUGGACUAGAACUACCCUUGGCCACGAUGCUAACCCUCAGUCGGGCGAAGACUUUUGUGAUGUCGAAUAAGCGAGUUGCACUCUAUGGAUUCUCGUCCUUCUUGUUUCCUACAGAUUUCUAUGAUCCCGAGCAUGCCGAUGGUCAACCCGAGUCCGAGCAAUCGAUUCAAUGGCACUUUGAGACAACCAGUAAGCCCGGCCAGUACUUUGACUGCGCGAAUUAUCUUGCAGAGUCGAGAUGUACAUGGUCCGAUAGCGUGGAUGAGCGGACAAUUACGAUGUCCAGGCAUUUUAUCGGUUAUUGCAGAGUGGCUGAAUUCCGUCUCGCUACCUCAACGUCUGACUUCACUAACCUCCAGCAGUCGUCCCUCCCUGAUGCUUCUACUCCCAUGGGGGUGAGGAUAGAGGCCAUAACUGCAGGAACGAGCGGCCUCGGAUUCGCCACUGCAGAGGCUCAAGGAACGAUCAAGUAUCCCAGGAGCAUCUUUACCCUAGCAAGCCCAGAUGAGUAUCUUGGCACCAUGGACACGCUCCAGAGAAUGUCGAUGAUCUUGUGGGACAGCAGCGACCAAUGCGGAUGGCUGGUACCAGCACAAGCACUUUUGCUUCACAUGGCCCAUUUAUGGGUCUACCGGAAAAAUAUAACUCCAACGUUCAGAUACGCAGACCCAAGUCACCCUUCAUACCUCGAGCAAGUAAACGACAUUCUGCGCACAGACCGAAGGAAGGUCCUUGAACCUAGUGGCCGAGACGACGACACCGACCGCGAGCUGAGACAUCUGAUUAUGAGAUUCUGGAAUGAUCUUAGGGCCUGCAUGAUAGCGCAGCAGAGCGCCGUUCGCGAUGGUCAAGGGGUCAUCGGCGCAAAGUCCCAGGCGCUAUCGGGAUGGGAGCUGAUGGACUUUAUCUUCCGGCCACCGUUUCUCUUCUCCAUGAAGCAAGACAUGUCCGGUCCAUCGGACAACAGCUGGCGAGCUCUAGCAGUGCAAAAGAACAUUCCUGUGUUAUUCUGCAAAGGGGCGGGGGACGUAAUAACCUCACCUGGCUCCGGCUUCCUAUGUGCUCACUGCAAUAUAUCUUUGAGGAAGGGGUCCUAUCUGAUUGCUAGCCUAGCAUCUCUGAAGCAGAUGUCGGAGCAGUUUGGUGGCUUCCGCACGCAGACGCAGUUCACGGCGGACUGGGGGUGGAAACCAAUUGAAGAAGCAGCCUUAUUUGCACAGCACUGUCGCGCGCAGUCCGGCCUGGGCAUCUCGUGUCAUGAGCGCAUACAAAAGCUGAGCGCAUUUCGCAACUGGCAUGGGGGUAGCAAUCUGAGCCUUCCGAUAGAGGGAGCGGUUGUUUUUGGGAGACCAGGCUCGAGGUUCUCGCAUUUGAUCCUAUCUGGCGCAGGUCAAUCACCGUCCAACACGGCCAUGGUCAAACAGGGGACCUUGAAGAGGUUGACCCAGAAAUUGGCAAGGCUAUCGCCUCGAAGCUGA